GAAAUAUUUUACCAAUUGACGUUGGCUUUAUUUGUUUUACUCACUUUUUUUGUUCUGCUGCUGCUUUCCGAUUUUUCCGAUUCGAACUGGCUGCCACCGCGCAAAGAAAAGGACCGCUGACUGCUCCGUUGCCGCCGCUGCCACCGCACUCCUUCUGUUGGAGUACGGACGCCGCCGCGAACUCGAGGGUGCGUUUGUGGUGAUCGCAGUUUCUCCUUCUCUCUCUUACUGUUGUUUUCCAGCUUUGUCUUCCAAGGCGUCUUGUGCAAAUCACGUUGACCACUCGAAACCAAACAAACAAACAAAAAACUUCAUAGAGCAGUGUCGAACAGACAUUUUUUUUUGAGAAAUAAAGAAAACACCAGGAAACAAGAAAGAGACGAGAUUUGUAUUUUUAAAGCUCAAGUGAGGCGCGCGCGCAACGAGCCACAGCGAUAUCUAUUUAUAUCUCUAACGAAUAAACAGAAUAAAGGGUGGUCUUCCUGCCCCAGUUUUUCUUUGUGUUGUUCUUCUUUUCAUCUUGUAUACUGGUGGAUCUCGCCGCGUUAACGGAGGGGGAAAAAGGGAAAAGAGAGAGAGAAAGAAUCAACCCACAGCAUGUAUAAAUAAAGUAUUAUAUAUCAUCUAACCCAUUUAAACCACUCUUUUUCUUUAUUUCUUCAUUUUUACUAACAAUAAAAAAAAGAAUACAGACCAAGCGUUGCUUUUCUUUAACACAGUUGACCUCGUUAAGAAACCCGCUGACCUCCCCCGUGUUACGUAUAUAUCUUGGUUUUUAUUGAUAUUGCUUCCUUUGCCUUCAUCACCGUUGCUGCUCCGUUGCCGUGGUGUCUGCUCUUUUGACCUCAGCAAGGCUCGUGCAUAUACUGCAUGGACGAACGACGAGACACACACGCACACCAACGAGCCACAAAAGAACCUCGACGUACUGAAGAAUAGCCGCGGAAAAAGAAAAAGGAAGAAGAAAAGGCCUACCAGUCGACAAAUUAGGUUUCUCGACACAUAACAGUGAGUCCUCCUCCAUCUCGCCGCAUACCGCCACUUACCUCCCUUUCAUCGAUUAAACACCUGCACAUACUAUUGAGGAAGACGGAGAAAAAAUGGAGCACUACGUGAAGGCAGAGCUCGUCCUGCACGGCGGCGAGUGCUUCAAAGGAUACUCCUUCGGUUACGAGGAAAGCAUCGCGGGUGAGGUGGUCUUCGCGACUGGCAUGGUUGGCUACCCGGAGAGUCUGACCGACCCUUCCUACCAGGGACAGAUUCUCGUGCUGACCACGCCGAUGGUCGGUAACUACGGCGUGCCGCCCAUCGAAGAGGACUGCUUCGGCGUGACAAAGUACUUCGAGAGCACCAACGGCAAAAUCCACGUCAGCGCCGUGGUGGUGCAGGAGUACUGCGAUCAGCCGGACCACUGGGAGAUGUACGAGACGCUGGGCCAGUGGCUACGGGAGAACAAGAUCCCUGGCAUGAUGAUGGUCGACACGCGCAGCAUCGUGUUGAAGCUGCGGGACAUGGGCACGGCACUGGGUAAGGUGCUCGUGGGCGGCCACGACGUCCCCUUUGCGGACCCGAACACGCGCAACCUCGUGGCCGAGGUGAGCACCAAGAGCCGCGUCACCUACGGACACGGCACGCUGCGUAUUCUUGUGAUCGACAUGGGUGUGAAGCUGAACACGCUGCGCUGCUUGCUGAAGUACGACGUCACGCUGAUCGUCGUCCCACACGAUUGGGACAUCACGACGGAGCUGUACGACGGCCUCUUCAUCACGAACGGCCCGGGAAACCCACAGAUGUGCACGAGCACCAUCCGCAGCGUGCGCUGGGCGCUGCAGCAGGACAAGCCGAUCUUCGGCAUUUGCAUGGGCAACCAAAUGCUCUGCCUUGCCGCCGGCGGCACCACCUACAAGAUGAAGUACGGCCACCGCGGACAGAACCAGCCGUGCAAGUGCAACCUGGACAACCACGUCGUCAUCACCACGCAGAACCACGGCUUCGCCGUCGACUUCAAGAGCCUGCCGGCGGAGGAGUGGACAGAGUACUUCACGAACCCCAACGACCACAGCAACGAGGGCUUGUGGCACAAGACGAAGCCGUUCUGCAGUGUGCAGUUCCACCCCGAGGGCCGCUGCGGCCCGCAGGACACGGAGUACCUUUUCGGCGAGUACGUGAAGCGCGUGAAGGAGUCGAAGGUGCAGGUGCUCGCCAAGUUCAAGCCGCGCAAGGUGCUUGUGCUCGGCGCAGGCGGCAUCGUCAUUGCGCAAGCCGGCGAGUUCGACUACAGCGGCUCGCAAUGCCUCAAGUCUCUCCGCGAGGAGGGGGUGGAGACGGUGCUCAUCAACCCGAACAUCGCCACGGUGCAGACGGACGACGAGAUGGCCGACCACAUCUACUUCGUGCCCCUUACCGUCGAGGCGGUAGAGCGCGUGAUAGAGAAGGAGCGGCCGGAUGGGAUUAUGCUCGGCUGGGGUGGUCAGACGGCGCUGAACUGCGGGCUGAAGCUGGAUGAGCUCGGCAUCCUGCGGAAGUACAACGUGCAAGUCCUCGGCACGCCGGUCUCCGUCAUCGCCGUCACCGAGGAUCGCGAACUCUUCCGCGACACACUGCUGCAGAUCAACGAGCAGGUGGCGAAAUCAGCGGCGGUGACCUCGGUGGCGGAAGCGGUUGCGACGAGUCACGAGAUCGGCUUCCCGAUGAUGGUGCGUGCGGCCUACUGCCUCGGUGGGCAGGGCAGCGGCAUCGUGGAGAACCAAGAGCAGCUGCGGCACAAGGUCGAGGUCGCCCUCGCUGCCUCUCCGCAGGUGCUGCUGGAGGAGAGCGUGGCGGGCUGGAAGGAGGUCGAGUACGAGGUGGUGAGGGACAUCUACGACAAUUGCAUCACCGUGUGCAACAUGGAGAAUUUCGACCCGAUGGGUAUUCACACCGGCGAGUCGAUCGUCGUAGCGCCGUCGCAGACGCUGAGCAACGACGAGUACCACCUGCUGCGCAGCGCCUCCAUUAAAAUUAUCCGGCACCUUGGCAUUGUGGGGGAGUGCAACAUCCAGUACGGCCUAGACCCCUUUAGCCAUCGCUACGUUGUGAUUGAGGUGAACGCCCGCCUCUCCCGCUCCUCCGCGCUGGCGUCGAAGGCGACCGGCUACCCGCUCGCGCACGUGGCGACGAAGAUCGCCCUCGGCAAGGGUCUCUUUGAAAUCACCAACGGCGUGACGAAGACCACCAUGGCGUGCUUCGAGCCCAGUCUUGACUACAUCGUCGUGAAGAUGCCUCGCUGGGACCUCAACAAGUUCAACAUGGUCAGCGAGGAAAUCGGCUCGAUGAUGAAGAGCGUCGGGGAGGUGAUGUCGAUUGGCCGCACCUUCGAAGAGGCGCUGCAGAAGGCGGUCCGCAUGAUCGACCCGAGCUACACCGGCUUCUCCGUGCCGGAGCGCUUCCGCGGCGCCGACUUCGACUACAUGGAGCACAUCCGCCACCCCACGCCCUACCGCAUCUUCGCCCUCUGCCGCGCCCUGCAGGAGGGCCACAGCGUCGAGGAGCUCUACGCCAUCACCAAGAUCACCCGCUUCUUCUUGUAUAAGCUGGAGAAGCUGGUGCGCCUGCCCCGUGCGGCGGCGGAGCUGUACCGGAGCAAGAUGACGGAGAUGCCGCGCGACUAUCUGCUGAACCUCAAAGCGCACGGCUUCAGCGAUCGUCAGCUGGCGGAGUACGUCGGCUCCACCCCGGGCGAAGUCCGCGCUCGCCGCCUCGAGCUGGGCGUGAUGCCGCUGAUCAAGCAGAUCGACACCGUCGCCGGCGAGUACCCGGCCGCGCAGUGCUGCUAUCUCUACACCACCUACAACGCCCAGCGCGAUGAUGUGCCCUUCACGGAGCGCAUGUACGCCGUGCUGGGCUGCGGUGUCUACCGCAUCGGCAACAGCGUGGAGUUCGACUACGGCGGCGUCCUCGUGGCGCGUGAGCUGCGCCGGCUGGGCAACAAAGUCAUCCUCAUCAACUACAACCCCGAGACGGUCUCGACGGAUUACGACGAGUGCGACCGCCUGUACUUCGACGAGGUGUCCGAGGAGACGGUGAUGGACAUCCUGACGAAGGAGCGCGUGCGGGGGGUGGUGAUCUCGCUUGGCGGUCAGGUGGUGCAGAACAUGGCGCUGAACCUCAAGAAGGCUGGGCUGCCGAUCCUCGGCACGGACCCGUCGAACAUCGACAUGGCAGAGGACCGCAACAAGUUCUCGCAGAUGUGCGACGACCUCGGCGUGCCACAGCCGGAGUGGACCUCUGCCACGUCCGUCGAGCAGGUGCACCUCUUCUGCGACUCCGUCGGCUACCCGGCGCUGGUGCGGCCGAGCUACGUGCUGAGCGGGUCGGCCAUGGCGGUCAUCUCGAACAAGGAGGACGUGACGCGGUACCUGAAAGAGGCCUCGCUCGUCUCGGGCGACCACCCAGUCGUCGUGAGCAAGUACUACGAGGGCGCGAUGGAGUACGACGUCGACAUCGUGGCGCACCACGGCCGGGUGCUGUGCUACGCCAUCUGCGAGCACGUCGAAAACGCCGGCGUGCACUCCGGCGACGCGACGAUGCUGCUGCCGCCGCAGAACACGGACAAGGAUACGAUGAAGCGCAUUUACGACUCGGUCACCUGCAUUGCGGAGAAGCUCGAUGUGGUGGGGCCGAUGAACGUGCAGUUCCUUCUGACGGCGGAGGGGCAGCUGCGUGUGAUUGAGGCGAACGUGCGCAGCUCCCGCUCGGUCCCCUUCGUCUCCAAGACGCUCGGCAUCUCUUUCCCGGCGAUGAUGGUGUCCGCCUUUCUCUCCCGCAAGGACCAAAACCUCGUCCCGAUCAAGCGGGCGAAGAUGACGCACAUCGGCUGCAAGGCGUCCAUGUUCAGCUUCAACCGCCUCGCCGGGGCCGACCCCAUUCUCGGGGUGGAGAUGGCCUCCACCGGAGAGAUUGGCGUCUUUGGCCGCGACAUGCACGAGGUGUUCCUCAAGGCGAUGCUGUGCCAGAACUUCAAGAUCCCCGAAAAGGGCGUCUUCUUCAGCAGCGACGUCGACAGCCAAACGGAGGCGCUCUGCCCCUACCUGCAGCACCUUGUCGCGAAGAAGUUGAAGAUCUACUGCGCCACGCAGACGGCGGCGGUGCUGAGUGAGUACGGCAUCGAGUGCGAAGUGCUGAAGCAGCGCUUCGAGAUGCAAGACCUGAAGGAGGGCGAGCUGUCGCAGUACGAGGAGGAGGUGGCCAAGAAGGAGAAGUUCGACCUGGUAAUUCAGAUCCGCGACAAGAAGAGGGACUUCGUGCUGCGCCGCUGCACCCGCGCGACGGCCUCACCGGACUACUGGGUGCGCCGUCUCGCUGUCGACUACAACAUCCCGCUGCUGACGGAGCCGAAUAUCGUGAAGCUCUUCUGCGAGUGCAUGGACCUGGCUCCGUCUGCCAUCGAGAUCGAGCCGUUCCGCCACUACGUCCCCAAGAUCUACCACAAGAUCGAGAACAACAAUUGUGCGAUGCUGCGGCGGCACAAGGUGGGCCUGAUGAUCACCAACAACAACGAUAGCAAGGUGCUGGCCCUGCGGCUGAGCCAGGAAGGGCUGAACAUCACGUGCUUCCACGCCUACCUGGGCGGGUCGGACAUCGACCACUUCGAGGAAGCCUUUAAGAACCUGAACGUGCCGGUGGAGGUGGUCGACCUGCGCUCUGAAAUUGCGGACGCCGCCUUCGACCUCAUCAUGUGCCAGUCCGCCGAUGAGAACCACAACUGGCACCUGUCGAAGCUGAGCUGGUACAUCUUUGGCCGCUGCCUGCUGCUCGUGAUGCGCGAUAAGCGCAUGACCGUCGUCGCACAGACGUCGAAGCAGAACAAGAAGGAGGCAGGCUUUGAGAAGUACGUGCAGAUCAACUGCCCCGAGAUGGGCGUGUACAACGCGUGGCGCGACGCACGGCUCAUGGAAGACUCCGAGACGGCGGCCGAUCAGAUCAGCUUCCUGCGCAAGCACGGCAUCAAGGCGACGGUGAAGAACAGUGGCCAGGUACACAGCUCUGUGUGCGGAAACACGUAUUACUGCAAGGACAUGCGCAGCCUGCCUCCGUCCACGCUGGUGAAGCCGAUCCGGGAGUGCAGCUCGACGCCGGAGUUUCUCUCGCUGACCUUCCGCGGUGCCCGCUGCGUGAACAUCAACGGUGUGGACGUGACACCGCUGCUGGCGCUGCAGAUGGCGAAUGACAUCGCCGGCCGCAACGGCUGCGGCGUCACCCGCACCCGCGAGGGGGCGAUGUUCGAAGCCCCGGGCAUGUGCCUCCUCUCUGUCGGUUUGCAGUUCCUCUAUGACGUGUCGUUUGACCGCGCCGCGGCGGACCUCUUCCGCUCCUACUCGCGGCACGUCUCGUCGAACAUCGCGAUUGGGCAGCUGGCGGAGAAGCACACGCAGUCCGCCAUCGAGGCAGUGCGCUUCCUGACCGCCGAUGUGGGUGGAGUUGUGGAGUUGGAGCUGCACCAGGGCGAGAUCAUCUUUUUGAAGCUGUCGCACGUGCAGAACCCGGUCGACCGCCGUGUGGCGUCCCAGCUGGUGACGGAGGAGGAGUUAGAGGAGGUGUUCCAGCCAGGCAAUGGCUCUUUCAGCGAUGUGCAGUGGUAA